AUGGCGGGUCUUCAGAGAUCCACCAUCUCAUUCCGGCGACAGGGCUCUUCAGGUAUAGUCUGGGACGAUCGUCUCAUCGCGGAGCUAAACAAACAGGCCAACGAGCAGAAAGGCGACACUCAUCAGCAGGAAGAACAGGCUAAGCUGAUUACGUCGGAAGGCCAAGAGCAGACAACCGGAGACGGCGGAAUCAAGCCGAUCAGAACCGGAGGGGGGAUCGAGAGGAGUCGAUCCCAUCGAAACACCGGAAGAGUGUCUCCGGCGGUGGAUCCGCCGUCGCCGAGACUGUCGGCGUUUGGGUGUUGCUCUGCUUUCGGGAGUAAACCGACGGGGAAGAAACCGGUUAAUCAGAGGAAAAGGCUACCGAAGCGCAGAUCCAGUAUAAUCUUGGCUCGUUUGUUGUUGUUGUUACUACUACUAGUCGUAUUCUCACUCGCUCUAACCGCAAACGCGAAUUCUUUCGAAUCGCUCCUCCAGCUCCCGCGAAGGACCCGACCCAGAUCCGAACGGCUCCUCCACGUCGGCAAUUUCGGAGCAAAGGGCAAUGGCUUCACCGACGACACUAAGGCGUUUGCAGAUGCUUGGAAGACAGCUUGUUCGUCCAAAGCCAAAAACAGAAUCUUGGUCCCAGAAAACUACACUUGUCUUGUUCGGCCCAUUGAUCUGUCGGGACCUUGCAAAGCAAGACUCACACUGCAGAUCUCUGGUACAAUCAUUGCUCCGGGAGACCCAGAUGCUUGGGAAGGUCUAAACCCUCGGAAAUGGCUUUACUUCCAUGGCGUGAGCCGCUUGACUGUUGAAGGAGGCGGCUCUGUCAAUGGAAUGGGGCAAGAAUGGUGGAGAAGAUCUUGCAAACACAAUCAUUCCAAUCCUUGUCGAGGCGCCCCAACGGCCUUAACAUUCCACAAGUGCAAGAACAUGAGAUUUGAAAACCUCAAUGUGAUCGACAGUCAGCAAAUGCACAUUGCCUUCACGAGCUGUCGCCGUGUGACCGUCUCAGGUGUAAAGGUCAUAGCUCCAGAAAGUAGUCCCAAUACUGAUGGAAUUCACAUAAGCGCCUCUCGCGGUAUUGUAAUAGACAACACAACGGUCAGCACUGGAGAUGAUUGUGUUUCCAUAGUAAAAAACUCUUCACAGAUCUCCAUCAGCAACAUUGUCUGUGGUCCUGGCCACGGCAUAAGCAUCGGAAGCAUUGGAAAGUCGAAAUCUUGGGAAGAAGUUAAAGACGUGACGGUCGAUACGGCCUUCAUCUCUGACACUGCCAAUGGUGUUCGGAUCAAAACAUGGCAGGGAGGAAGUGGUUUGGUCUCAAAAAUCAUAUUUAGAAACAUCAGUAUGAACAACGUGUCGAACCCCAUCAUCAUCGACCAGUAUUACUGCGAUUCCAAGAAGCCGUGUGCGAAUCAGGUAAAGAACUUGUGCCAUUUCUUUCUUCAGUGUAGCUCAGAUACUGAACCUGAGAUCUGUUACAAACUCAAAAACCUGCAGACAUCAGCUGUUACCAUUGAGAAAAUCUCAUUUGUUGACGUGCGUGGAACUUCAGCGUCAAAACAAGCAAUCAAGAUCUCUUGCAGCGAUACUUCACCAUGUCGCAACAUACUUCUACAGGACAUCGAUCUUGAACCAUUGAACGAUGAUAGUUUCACAGAGUCCUUCUGCUGGGAAGCUAAUGGUUCGAGUUCGGGUCAAGUGUACCCUCCUUCUUGCCUCUCAGAUCAUGAGACUAGCUUCUUGGAACAGUCGGUUCGGGCUGGGAUCACAUCUGUAUCAUACCUUUGA